UUCUUAGUCUUUUGUUAGGAAGGAAAGAAGGGUAAGGAAAAAAAAGUGUAUAAGAGAAAGGAAGGGAAAGGGGAAAGGAUGGACCCUGAAUAUAAGGAGGUCUUCAGUCGUCUUGCUUGAAAUCUUCCAUGUCAUAGUGUAAGACAAUUACAAUAGCAACUUCUACUACAGCUUAUUGUGACUCUGCAGAACUUUGGAGCAAAACCUUUUGAGAGUGUCUUUGCCUUGAGAGAAGAAGAGCAGGGAACCCUAACUUGGAUCUUAUUUGCUGCAGGAUAAAAAAUGGAGGUAGAUUUAACUAGCUCUGAAUUAGGAAGAGACCCUGAUGGCAUAAGGGCCAAGACCAAUAGGGAAUUAUGGAAGAAAACAGAGUUCCUUAGCGACACUGGCAGCUCAGACAUACAGCGCCAGUGCUUCAGGCAGCUCUCCUACCGAGAGGGCAAGGGACCCAGAGAGGUUUGCAGCCGCCUCCACGACCUCUGCCGCCAGUGGCUGAAGCCAGAGCAACACACCAAGGCUGAGAUGCUGGACCUGGUGAUCCUGGAGCAGUUCCUGAGCCUCCUGCCCCCAGAGAUGGGGAGCUGGGUCCGAGAGUGUGGGGCAGAGACCUCUUCCCAGGCGGUGGCCCUGGCGGAAGGCUUCCUCCUGAGUUGGGCAGAGGACAAGAGGCAGGAUGAACAGGCCAGAAAACGCUGCGUGGAUCUUCCGUCUUCAUCAGACACAAGCCCCAGUCUCCAGUGGAAGAAGAUCAAGCAGGAGGAAUAUGAUAUUGCAGCCUUGCAGGGGUCUAGGAUGACACCACAAACAAGCACGCAGUUGUCUCUUCCUCUUUGGGAUGGAGUGGAAUCCAUUCAGAAUCCAGUGACCUUUGAGGACGUGGCUGUCUAUUUUUCCACAGAAGAGUGGGAUCUUCUGGAUCCCGAUCAGAAAGCCCUGCAUGCACAGAUCAUGACAGAAACCCAUGGGAUCAUGGCCUCUCUUGAGGUUUGGACAGAGGUUCUUUGCCCCGAGAGAGGAAAGGGCAGAGGAAUGACUUGGAUACCGUUCUCCGCUUCCUUGGACAACCGUUCAAGCGUAGACAAACCUGACUUAGCUGAACCUGAAGCCCAAGGAGGGCUUGAUGUUGUGGUUGCUGAAAGCAGUGGGCAGUUCUGGGAGAGAACUCUACAGUGGUUUCUGAGCGAAGAUGUGGCCAACUCAGAAAUACAGCAUCAACACUUUGAGCGGUUCUACAGAGAAGGUGAAGGCCCUCGAGAAGUUUUCAGAUACCUCCAUGAUCUCUGCCACCAGUGGCUGAAGCCAAAUGAGAAGACCAAGCAUCAGAUCCUGGACCUGGUGAUCCUGGAACAGUUCCUGGCCAUCCUCCCCCAAGACAUGGCUGACUGGGUCGGGGAAUGUGGGGCAGAGACCUCUUCUCAGGCAGUGGCUCUGGCGGAAGGCUUCCUCCUGAGUCAGGCAGAGGACAAGAAGCAGGAAGAACAGGCCAACAACCCCUGUGUGAAAGUUCAGUCAGACCUGCCUGCAUCCAAUGCGUCUCCGUCAGACAGAACACAGAAUCCCCAGUGGAAAUUGCUCAAGCAGAAGGAAGAUGGUCCUGUGCCCUUGCAGCGGUCUGUGAUGACACUACAACCAAAUCUUCAGUCGUCUCUUCCUCCUUGUGAUGAAACAGAACCAACUGAGGGCCCAGUGAGCUUUGAGGAUGUGGUUGUUCAUUUCUCCCUGGAAGAGUGGGCUCUUCUAGAUGUGGAUCAGAGAGCCCUGCACACUCAGAUCAUGGAGGAAACUUGUGAGAUUGUGGCUUCUCUUGCAGAAAACUGUAAGAAGCGAAAUGUCUGUGUCAAGUGUGGGAAGUGUUUUGGACACAAACGGGAACUUAAGAAACACCAGAAAGUCCAUACAGAAGAAAAAAGUUGUGCUGGAAAGAAAGCCUUCAAGUGCAACUUAUGUGGGAAAGGUUUUGCCCAAAAUAGAGUACUUGCAUUUCAUAAGAGACUCUGUGGUGGAAAAAAACACAUUCCAUGUAAAGUCUCAGGAAACCGUUUUGAUUACAAAUUGCACCACCGGAGCCAUAAAGUAUUCCAAAAAGGAAAGAAAACACACAAAUGUCACGAGUGUGGAAAACACUUUGCUGGCAGAUCAGUGCUUAUGAUCCAUCAGAGACUCCACACAGGAGAGAAGCCACACAAAUGCCUGAAGUGUGGGAAAUGUUUUACUCAGAUGUCAUGCCUUUUGAGACACGAGAGAACCCACACAGGAGAGAAACCAUAUAAAUGCUGGGAGUGUGCGAAAUCUUUUUCUCAGAAAGCAAACCUUGUGGCUCAUCAGAGACUUCACACAGGAGAGAAACCAUACAAGUGCCAGGAGUGUGGGAAAUGUUUUACUCGGAACGCACAUCUUGUUAGCCACCAGAGAGUUCACGCAGGAGAAUAUCCAUAUAAAUGCCAGGAAUCUGGAAAGUUCUUUUCUCCCAGCCUCCGCUUUCUAAGCCAUACAAGACUCCACACAGGAGAGAGACUGUACAAAUGUCAAGAGUGUGGGGAAUGUUUUGUUGACCGUCAACAAUUAGUAAGGCAUCUGGUACUCCAUACAGAAGACAAAGCAUAUGAAUGUCAGGAGUGUGGGAAAUGUUUUACCCGGAAUGAAAACCUUCUAAACCACUCCAGGGUCCACUCUGGAGUGAAACCAUACACCUGCAGUGAGUGUGGAAAAAGUUUUGUUCACAGUUCAUCCCUUGCAUAUCACAAGAGACUUCACACAGAAGAUAAAUCAUACAAAUGUCAGGAGUGUGGGAUGUAUUUUGGUUACAGGAAAAAACUAAUAAGUCACCAGAGAGUCCACAGUGGAGAGAAACCGUACAAAUGCCAGGAGUGUGGGAAGUGUUUUGCUCAGGAUUCAUAUCUUGUGAAGCACAACAGGAGAAUUCACACAGGAGAGAAACCAUACAAAUGCCAAGAGUGUGGGAAAUGUUUUGCUCAGAGUUCAACCCUUGCGCAACACAGCAGACUUCACACAGGAGUGAAACCAUAUAAAUGCCAAGAGUGUGGAAAAUGUUUUGCUCAGAGUUCAUAUCUUGUGGUGCACAAUGAACUGCACACAGGAGAGAAACCAUACAAAUGUCAACAGUGCGGGAAAUGCUUUGCUCAGAAUUCAUAUCUUGUGAAGCACAACAAGAGACUUCACACAGGAGAGAAGCCAUACGAAUGCCAGGAGUGUGGAAAAUGCUUUGCUCAGAGUUCAGCUCUUGCACGUCAUGAGAUGAUUCACGUAAGAAAAAAGUCAUUAAAAUGUUAGGAGUGUUUAUUUGUGCCAGAUCUGUAGGAAUGAAGCUCUCUCCACCUGCCUCUCUUCUCCCUGCAGCAGGCAUGAACGGAGGAGAGAUAGUGAGUAUGAAUGUUGGCUGUAUGUGAGUGAAUGUUGGAGGAAAUGUGAUACUUCUCCUUUGUCUUUGCAACCAAUAUAGAUAUUAUAAAACUA